GAAUGAAUUGUCGAAAUGCAUUACUGCAUCUAAACAUUCGCGUGAGUUAUACCAGGAUACACAAUUGUUUAAUGGUAAAAUGCAUUGGAGUCUUGUACACUAUGUACUAUAAACAUGUUUCAUAACCGUCUAGUACAUCCACUCGCAUCACCGAGGUGUUUUCCAGUCUAAAUAAAAACGUGCUAAGCUUAACAAAAGAAGCGGAAACAAUAUGGCGGAACAUUGGCCAUCGAGCGCGGAAGAAAUGGACAACAUUGACCCGGACUUGUCUAAACAACUAUCCACACUAUUAGAGGAUCAAGGAAUGACAGAGGAAAUCGUGAUGGCAAGGCGCAUUACAUUCCUUUUAUUGGAGACUGGUUUAACAACGAUUAGUAAACUAAGCAAUCAACCAAUCGAGCAUUUCUGUUUUGGCAGCCAGUCAGAAGGAACGAUCAUGCUUGGACUAAAUACUGACGUAGACAUUUUGCGGCGUAUACCAUCUAUUAAUAUCAUGCGAAGGGAUUCGACAACAUGGAAAAAAGGAAUGCUGAAUUGUUUGAUGCUUUGUAUUAAGGGUUAUCCACAACAUUUUUAUCUGCAGGUUUUUAGAAGUGAUAAACCCAAACCAGCGAAAUCAAAAACAACAUUUGGCAAUGGCAUGCUCUUAAGUUAUGGAAAAGAUUGCGUGUUAUUAAACUCUGAGUUUUUUAGGAAACAUUUCGAAAUCUUAUUACAAACUUGUAGCGACAAUCAAUCUACCUAUACCGCUGGACCUUCGGCUAGUUUUAGCGACGAUAUAGACAUUGUGCACGCACUGAGCGUAUCAUGUGACAUUCCUGAAUUGCGGUCGUGGCUAGACAGGCCCCGACAGGGUGAUUGGCCAACUCCAAAAUUGUUUGAGGAUGCGAAGCAAUGUGCGUGGUUCCUUGUACCGGUAGGAAAUCCAAGCUCCCACAUAACAAACACACAGUGGAGAUUAUCGCCAAAUCUUAUUGAAAGGAAACUAAUGUUCAGUUUAAAUAUAACCCAGCUGAAAUGUUAUGUAUUGCUGAAACUAUUUAAGCGCUUUAUUACAUUGGAAUUGGAACAACAGGUAGGCGAACUUACGAGUUUUCACUGCAAAACUGUGUUGUUCUAUACACUAGAAAGAACCCCGUUCAAGGAAUGUAACUUAGCAAUGUUACUGAAACUUUGUCUUCAAACGCUCCAAAAAUUCCUUAAAGAUGGUGUAUGUCCUCAUUAUAUCAUUGAUGGUGUUAAUCUGUUUGACGGUAAACUUACUAGAACACAACGUCACGCAUUACAUAAAAAGGUGACGGAACUCAUAGAUAACAACCUGCAGGAGUUUGUGUAUUACUUUGACGACGCAACACGAUUGUCCUCUGACCAACGUUUCAUUUCUCAUGUAUGUAUUCGCAGUAAACUCGCAUUUGAAAGGAUACAAUGGUUCCAUUUUAUGAUGCUGUGUUUUCAUUGCUUCAUUGGUAAACCAAUCGAUUAUGUUGGGGAUCAGCUUACCAGACUGAUUGAUAAAUGUAAAGAAAUAAUAAAUUAUCACAACGCGAAUUCAUUUGAAAUACAAGCAGCUUUGGAAAUAUUGAAAACUCUUUUGUCUUUUCGAUGCUCUAUUCAAGCGGUUCCAGCAAUUCAAAGCGGCGUCUCGAUUAACCAAGAUGUUAUGGACAGUUUCAGAGAAUCGGUACAAGUCGCUGACGCCGCGAAUCAAAUCAACAAUUUUUCAGAAAUGCUUAGCUAUGGCAUUCUUGCUUCGGAAAUAAAGAGUUGUUCAAUUAACAAACAUGUCAUUGAAACGUUCGAAAAGGCCAUUGAGACGAAUGGGUUCUCAAGUCGACUGAAAUUAGCAUCUCUCAUGUACUGCUCUGGAAACUUGCAGUCGGCAAAAUUUAUUCUUGAAUAUGCAGAACGUCUAUUUAUCCAGUACACUUUGAAGGCCUUAUGUCGAUGUUUCAAUUAUUACAAUCGGUACAUAAACCACCGAAAAAUGUUUGAGAAUAAACCAAAUCCCUCCAUUGAAAGCAAAAUUGCAUUAUGCAUCAUUUUUCUAUCUAAUGAAGCACCGUGCGUUCCCCCUGUGCUGUUAUAUGAAAUGACCAAAGCAGGAUUUGCGCCUGAUUACCGAGAGAACAUUAGGAUAAAAAUGGAAUUGAGUGGUGAGGCUAGAGUAGAUGCUCGCGUGUUCAUAUAUUAUCUGCAAUACCUCACGUACGGAGGUCUCGGUAAUCGGGAAAAACAGAUCGCUGUUUUGACGAAAUUCGAAGACUACAUUUCCACGCAUUUUGAUGAUCGCAUAUUGGAUCUCCAUAGAGAUCAUGGUCGUAACCGCGAGAUAUCCCAUAUGGCGACUGCAUUGAACAUGCUCGGCCACUGCUGGGAGAUGGAAGGUGAUCUUAGCAAAGCAGUCAAUUUUUACGAGCAAUCACGUGAUAGCAAGCCAAAUAGUAAUCCGGCCAACUGGCACAUUGGGAGACUUUUGGGCGAUUCACCAGAUCAAUAUAUAUAGUUGCAACCGGUUGUUCUUUAUAUGCAAUGUCACUCGGUUCACAAGCUGCUUGAAACGUUGAAUAGGACUUACUUAAAACAUAAUUCGAAACAUAAUUUCAAAUAUAAAUAAUAUUUACUUAUAUUUGUAAACUAUUUAAUAUACUUGGAUUUAUUAUUAUA